UAUAUUUGAGAAGCUGCAGCGACUCCAAGGACACCGUUCACAGGGCGAUCUCGCUUCUCAGCUCCAAAGUCUGGAUUGAUCUGGGGACAAUUAUUACACCUCUGCGGCGGAUAACUCAGAAGAGAGCCUGUAAAGGAGGCAUCGAGGGGGCUCAUAGCGAGACCUGCAUCCUACCUCCCCGGCAUGUGCACUGAGAGGUGUGCCAAGUGCCUGGGCAGCACCCUCAUUCCCCUCGCUGUGUCUGGCUUCCUGGCUCACCUCCUGCUAUUUUUCCCUGGAGGAAAAGUGAUAGACAACAAUGAUCACCUUUCUGACGAGGUCUGGUAUUUCGGAGGAAUAUUAGGAAGCGGGGUCUUGAUGAUCUUCCCUGCGCUGGUGUUCUUGGGCCUGGAGAACAAUGACUGCUGCAGGUGUUGUGGCAACGAGAGCUGUGGGAAGCGCUUUGCGAUGUUCACCUCCACAAUAUUUGCUGUGGUUGGAGUCUUGGGUGCCGGAUACUCAUUUAUCAUCUCAGCUGUCUCAAUCAACAAGGGUCCAAAAUGCCUCAUGGUCAAUAAUAGCACGUGGGGCUACCCCUUCCUGGACGGAGAUUACCUCAGGGACAGGGACUUAUGGAGCCAGUGCGAAAAGCCUGACAACGUGAUUCCCUGGCAUCUGACCCUCUUCUCCAUCCUGCUGAUCAUAGGGGCGGUUCAGAUACUUAUCUGUGCCAUCCAGGUGAUCAACGGGCUCCUGGGGACCCUGUGUGGAGACUAUCAGUGCUGUGGCUGCUGUCGGGGAGAUGGACCAGUCUAAACCUCCAUGAUGAGCUGCCCUAACUUAAUGGUGUGUGAGAAGAUACAUUAAACUUAUUCUUCUCUUCUUGGGGUUGCCAAUUCCUAUCUGCUUCCUAACUGACAAAACUUAGGGAGGCCAGAGUUAUUCCUUCUCCUUUCCAACCAGAUCAGCUCACCUUAGAGUUUCAUGUUAGUUUCAAAUAAAAAAUAGUUUGGCCACUUAAGUAAUACUUAUGAAUCUUUCAAAUUAGCUUCCUCUUAGAAUCGAAGAGCAGGUUCAAAGCAAAUAUUUCAUAAUUUUUUCUUUGAGUGAAAAAUGUAUAAGGCCACAUGUACUGCCACACUGCUUCUUUGUAUAUAGAGGUGUUAAUAUCGUUGGAAGUUUUACAGGAGUCAAAGGAAGAAAGCACAUUGAAAAUGAGAAGCUAAGACCAAUUUUUAUUUUUAAGAUCUGUGGGAAAAAAGAACGACUGAUGGAUCAUAAAUAAUUUUUAUUUGUUUUCUUUUGUGCUAACAUGUUUGAAUUACUUGUAACUAAUCUUCUGGGCCUGCCAUCAUUUGCAAGCAUUUCCUUGUGUAUAUUAAAUUGAAAUCAGAAUUCAGAGGUAAUA